AUGUGGCCUUCCAUCUCGUCGCUCAUUCCGUCGUUGAACAUGCGAGUGGCCCCAUACCGAUUUCCCGCCACGCUCCCCCUCUUUCACCAUGAGUCACGAUUCAUUCAUUCAGUACACGUUAAAGUCUGCUAUACAAAUGAUGACCUCGGGUGCCAGGCACUCGCUUUCUCUAUCGGGAGCAAUCUCAUACGGUGGUCAAGACAUUCGCUACAGCCUCGUCCUCUAGUUCCUCCAAAGCUGUGUUGGUCGCACGUAUCCUGCUCCAUCUUCAAACUCGAUGGCCCUGCUCAGCAAGCCAUUAUCUGCUCGUGA